CCUCCCUCCUCCUCGCUGUCGCUGCCGAGAUCGACGGUCGGUCGGUCGGUCGGGUCGUGGCUCAGUGAGCCCCUGCUGCAGGGAACAAGCAAGGGGACAUCCAGGGAGCCCAGGGCUGCCAAGGGGAGCCCACCCUGCCCUGCCCUGAGAACCUCCCCUCCCAAGGUCGGGGACAGAGCAGGUGCAGAGGCACUGCAACCACUCAUUGCCCAGCCUCCUGAAUGAUGGCAGCCCAGUGUUCCCUAACCUCCAGCCUGGCCCUCCUGGUGCUGCUGGGCACAGUCCAAGCAGGCCCUUUCUCUCCACGGUCCAAUGUGACACUCCCAGCCCCACGGCCCCCUCCCCAGCCAGGGGGCCGCACAGAGGAGCCAAGAAGGGGAAGUCCCUCUUCUCAGCUUUAUGAGCACACCGUGCAAGGAGGGGAGAAGCAGGUGGUGUUCACCCACCGCAUUAACCUGCCCCCUUCAGCUGGCUGUGGCUGUCCCGCGGGCACUGAGCCCCCUGUCCCUGCUUCAGAGGUGCAGGCCCUCAGGAUCCGGCUAGAGAUUCUGGAAGAGCUGGUGAAGGGGCUCAAGGAACAGUGCACUGGCGGAUGUUGUCCUGCUGCUGCCCAGGCUGGCACAGGCCAGACGGACGUUCGUAGCCUUUGCAGUCUCCAUGGCGUGUUUGACCUGAGCCGCUGUGCCUGCUCCUGCGAGCCGGGCUGGGGUGGGCCCACCUGCUCGGACCCCACAGACGCCGAGAUGCCCCCUUCCUCCCCACCCUCAGCCACCGGGUCCUGCCCAGAUGACUGCAACGAUCAGGGUCGCUGUGUACGCGGGCGCUGCGUGUGCUUCUCUGGCUACACUGGCCCCAGCUGUAGCUGGCCCACCUGCCCCGAGGACUGCCACGGCCGCGGGCGCUGCGUGCAGGGCGUGUGCGUGUGUCGGGCGGGCUUCUCGGGCGACGACUGCAGCCUGCGCUCCUGCCCUCGGGGCUGCAGCCAGAGGGGGCGCUGUGAGGACGGGCGCUGCGUGUGCGACCCCGGCUACACUGGCGAGGACUGUGGGAUGAAGAGCUGCCCUCGAAGUUGCAGCCAGAGGGGGCGCUGCGAGAAUGGGCGCUGCGUGUGCAACCCCGGCUACACUGGCGAGGACUGUGGGGUGAGGAGCUGCCCCCGGGGCUGCAGCCAGAAGGGGCGCUGCGAGGACGGGCGCUGCGUCUGUGACCCUGGCUACGCCGGCGAAGACUGCGGCUCGCGGAGCUGCCCGUGGGACUGUGGCGAGGGCGGGCGCUGCGUGGACGGCCGCUGCGUGUGCUGGCCGGGGUACGCGGGCGAGGACUGUAGCACGCGGACGUGCCCGCGCGACUGCCGAGGCCACGGGCGCUGCGAGGAUGGCGAAUGCAUCUGCGACGCAGGCUACAGCGGGGACGAUUGCGGCGUACGUAGCUGCCCUGGCGACUGCCACCAAAGGGGCCGCUGCGAGGACGGCCGCUGCGUGUGCUGGCCCGGGUACACGGGGCCUGACUGUGGCGCACGCGCCUGCCCGCGCGACUGUCGGGGCCGCGGGCGCUGCGAGAACGGCGUAUGCGUGUGCAACGCGGGCUACAGCGGCGAGGACUGCGGCGUGCGCAGCUGCCCCGGGGACUGUCGCGGCCGGGGCCGCUGCGAGAAUGGCCGCUGCGUGUGUUGGCCCGGGUUUACAGGACGGGACUGCGGCACGCGCGCCUGCGCCGGCGACUGUCGCGGGCGCGGGCGCUGCGUGGACGGCCGCUGCGUAUGCAACGCGGGCUUCACGGGCGAGGACUGCGGGAGUCGUCGGUGCCCCGGGGACUGCCGCAGUCGCGGUCGCUGCGAGGAUGGCGUGUGCGUGUGCGACUCAGGCUACGAGGGCGAGGACUGCGGCGCGCGCAGCUGCCCCGGAGGUUGCCGAGGUCGCGGCCAGUGCUUGGACGGGCGCUGCGUGUGCGACGACGGCUACUCGGGCGAGGACUGCGGCGAGAGGCGGUGCCCGCGCGACUGCAGCCAGCACGGCGUGUGCCGGGACGGUGUGUGCACCUGUUGGGAGGGCUACGCGGGCGAGGACUGCGGUCUCCGUACCUGUGCCUCCAACUGCAACCGGCGCGGCCGCUGUGAGGACGGACGCUGCGUGUGCGACUCAGGCUACACCGGCCCCUCCUGCUCCACGCGCACCUGCCCGGCCGACUGCCGGGGCCGUGGGCGCUGUGUGCAGGGAGUGUGCGUGUGCCACGCGGGCUACAGCGGCGAGGACUGUGGGCAAGAAGAGCCUCCCGCCAACGCCUGCCCUGGGGGCUGCGGGCCCCGGGAACUGUGCCGCGCGGGCCAGUGUGUAUGCGUCGAGGGUUUCCGAGGUCCCGACUGCGCCAUCCAGACGUGCCCCGGGGAUUGCCGCGGCCGGGGAGAGUGUCGUGAGGGCAGCUGCAUCUGCCAAGAUGGCUAUGCAGGGGAGGACUGCGGGGAAGAGGUGCCAGCCAUUGAGGGCAUGAGGAUGCACCUCCUGGAGGAGACCACGGUUCGGACAGAGUGGACCCGGGCUCCCGGCCCUGUGGAUGCCUAUGAAAUACAGUUCAUCCCUACAACAGAGGGGGUGAGCCCCCCAUUCACGGCACGUGUGCCCAGCUCUGCUUCGGUCUAUGACCAGAGAGGAUUGUCUCCUGGUCAGGAUUACCAGGUCACUGUCCGUGCCCUUCGCGGGACUAGCUGGGGCCCUCCUGCCUCCAAGACCAUCACCACCAUGAUCGAUGGCCCCCAGGACCUCCGCGUGGUGGCUGUGACGCCAACCACACUGGAGCUCAGCUGGCUGCGUCCCCAGGCCGAGGUGGACCGAUUCGUGGUGUCCUAUGUCAGUGCUGGCAACCAGAGGGUGCGGCUGGAAGUGCCCCCUGAGGCAGACGGGACGCUGCUGACUGACCUGAUGCCAGGCGUGGAAUAUGUGGUGACUGUCACUGCAGAGCGGGGCCGGGCAGUAAGCUACCCAGCUUCCGUCAGGGCCAACACAGGGUCCUCCCCUUCUGACCUCUUGGGGGCCACUGAUGAACCUCCUCCCUCAGGCCCUUCAACGACUCAAGGAGCCCAAGCCCCCGUCCUGCAGCAGCGCCCCCAGGAGCUGGCAGAGUUGAGGGUGCUGGGCAGAGACAAGACAGGGCGCCUCCGCGUGGCCUGGACCGCCCAGCCUGACACCUUUGCCCACUUCCAGCUGCGCCUGUGGGGGCCCGAGGGGCCGGAGGCUCAUGAGGAACUACUGCCAGGGGAUGUCCGCCAGGCUCUGGUGCCCUCACCCCCUCCUGGAGCCCCCUAUGAGUUGUCACUUCGUGGGGUCCCCCCCAAGGGCGAGCCCUCUGCCCCUCUCAUCUACCAAGGCGUUAUGGACAAGGAUGGGGAGAAGCCCGGGAAGCCACUGGUCCCACCACGCCUGGGCGAGCUGACAGCAACCGACGUGACCUCCAACUCUCUGCUCCUGCACUGGACGGUCCCUGAGGGCGAGUUCGACUCCUUUGUGAUCCAGUACAAAGACAGGGACGGGCCCCAGGUGGUGCCCGUGGAGGGGCCCCAGCGCUCCGCCCUCAUCACCAACCUGGACCUCGGCCGAAAGUACAAAUUUGUCCUGUAUGGGCUGGUGGGCAAGAAGAGGCAUGGCCCCCUAGUGGCUGAAGCCAAGAUAGUGCCUCAGAGUGAUGGCACCCCAGCAACUCCACCACGCCUGGGAAAGCUGUGGGUGACAGAUCCCAUGCCAGACUCGCUGCACCUCUCCUGGACUGUCCCUGAGGGCCAGUUCGACUCCUUCGUGGUUCAGUACAGGGACAGGGAUGGACGGCCCCAGGUGGUGCCCGUGGAAGGGCACGAGCACUCGGUCGUUGUUUCCCCCCUGGACUCGGACCACAAGUACAGAUUCACUCUGUUUGGGAUUGCCAACAAGAAGCGGCAUGGCCCCCUCAUGGCUGAUGGCACCACUGCCUCAGAGAAGAGAGAGGAACCCCGCCACCCAGAGUCCCCCGAGCAGCCCCUGCUGGGGGAGCUGACAGUGACCGGCGCGACCCCAGACUCCCUACGCCUGUCCUGGACGGUGGCCCAGGGUUCCUUCGACUCCUUCAUGGUCCAGUAUAAGGAUGUGCAGGGGCAGCCCCAGGCAGUGCCCGUUGAGGGGGAUGAGAAUGAGGUCACCAUCCCCGGCCUGGAGUCCGACCGGAAGUAUAAGAUGAACCUCUAUGGGCUUCAUGGCAGGCAGCGUGUGGGGCCUGUGUCUGUGGUGGCCACCACUGCCCCCCAGGAUGUUGCGGAUGAGACCCCCAGCCCCACUGAGGUGGAGACCCCCAGCCCCAAGGAACCCAGCACAGAGGCCCCGGAGCCCCCUGAGGAGCCCCUCUUGGGGGAGCUGACGGUGACAGGAUCCUCCCCAGACUCGCUGAGCCUGUCCUGGACCGUCCCCCAGGGCCACUUUGACUUCUUCACUGUCCAGUACAAAGACAGGGACGGGCGGCCCCAGGCAGUGCGUGUCAGGGGCGAAGAGAGCGAGGUCACUGUUGGGGGCCUGGAGCCGGGGCGCAAGUACAAGAUGAACCUGUAUGGGCUGCAGGAGGGGCGGCGCGUGGGCCCUGUGUCCACAGUGGGCAUUACUGAGUCUCCUCCAGCCACAGAGCCCCCGCUGGAGCCACGCCUGGGGGAGCUGACAGUGACGGAUGUGACUCCCAACUCUGUGGGCCUCGCGUGGACAGUCCCUGAGGGCCAAUUCGACUCCUUCAUGGUCCAGUACAAGGACAGGGACAGGCAGCCCCAGGUGGUGCCUGUGGCUGCAGACCAGCGUGAGGCCACAGUGCCUAACCUGGAGCCUGCACACAAAUACAAGAUGAACUUCUACGGGCUACAUGGUGGGCAGCGUGUGGGCCCCCUCUCUGUGGUAGCUGUGACAGCUCCCCUCCCCACAGCCCCAUCCACAGUGUCCCCCCAAGAGCCGCGCCUGGGGGAGCUGACAGUGACGGAUGUGACCCCGGACUCCGUGGGCCUCUCGUGGACAGUCCCCGAGGGCGAAUUCGACUCCUUCGUGGUCCAGUACAAGGACAGGGACGGGCAGCCCAAGGUGGUGCCUGUGGACGCAGACCAGCGCGAGGCCACCGUCCCCGGCCUGGAGCCCAGUAGGAAAUACAAGUUCCUGCUCUUUGGGAUCCAGGACGGGAAACGACGCAGCCCAGUCUCUGUGGAGGCAAAGACGGCUGCCCAAGGUGACGCCAGCCCAGGGGCCCCACCCCGCCUCGGGGAGCUGUGGGUGACAGACCCCACCCCAGACUCAGUGCGCCUCUCCUGGACAGUCCCUGAGGGCCACUUCGACUCCUUUGUGGUCCAGUUCAAGGACAGGGAUGGGCCCCGGCUGGUGCCCGUGGAAGGCCAUGAGCGCGCGAUCACCAUCAGCCCUCUGGACACCGGCCGCAAGUACAGAUUCCUCCUCUACGGCCUCCUGGGCAAGAGACGCCACGGCCCCCUCACUGCAGAUGGCACCACAGAGACCCAGAGUACUAUGGAUGAAGCUGGAACAAAACGUCCCCCAAAACCCCGUCUCGGGGAUGAGCUGCAGGUGACCAGCGUGACACCAGACUCCGUGGACCUCUCCUGGACAGUCCCUGAGGGCCAGUUUGACUCCUUUGUGGUCCAGUACAAGGACAGGGAUGGGCAGCCCCAGGUGGUGCCUGUGGAGGGCAGCCUCAGGGAGGUCAGAGUCUCAGGCCUGGACCCUGCCCGCAAGUACAAGCUGCUGCUCUACGGGCUGCACCAGAGCAGGCGUGUGGGUCCCGUCUCCGCCAUUGCUGUGACUGCCCCCAGGGAAGAAAUUGAAGCUGAGACCAUGGCCCCAAGCCCUCCAGUGUCUGAGCCCCACCUUGGCGAGCUGACCCUGGAGGAGGCCACGCCGCACACCCUGCAUCUCUCCUGGACUGUGAUUCAGGGAGAAUUUGACUCCUUUGAGGUCCAGUACGCAGACCAGGAUGGGCGACUCCAAGUAGUCAGUUUAGAGGGCAACCAGAAUGACAUCACCCUCUCUGGCCUGGAAUCUGACCACAGAUACCUGGUGAACCUGUACGGUAUCCAUGGCCAGCAGCGUGUGGGUCCUGCUCACAUAGAGGCCCUGACAGUCCCAAGGGAGGAGGAGGAUGAACCUUCAGAACCUCCCACUAUGACCCCCGAGCCUCCCAUCAAGCCACGCCUGGGGGAGCUGGCAGUGACAGACGCCACUCCCGACUCCCUGGGCCUCUCCUGGACAGUCCCCGAGGGCCAGUUUGACCACUUCCUGAUCCAGUACAAGAACGGAGACGGGCAGCCAAAGGCGGUGCGGGUACCAGGGCAUGAGGACUGGGUCACCAUCACAGGCCUAGAACCAGACCAGAAGUACAAGAUGAACCUGUAUGGCUUCCACAGUGGCCAGCGUGUGGGCCCUGUCUCUGUCAUCGGGGUGACGGCUGCAGAGGAAGAGACCCCCAGCCCAAUGGAACCCAGCACAGAGGCCCCGGAGGCCCCCGAGGAGCCCCUCCUGGGAGAGCUGACAGUGACAGGAUCCUCCCCAGACUCGCUGAGCCUGUCCUGGACCAUCCCCCAGGGCCACUUCGACUUCUUCACUGUCCAGUACAAGGACAGGGACGGGCGGCCCCGGGUGGUGCGUGUUGGGGGUGAGGAGAAUGAGGUCACCAUUGGGGGCCUGGAGCCGGGGCGCAAGUACAAGAUGAACCUGUACGGCCUGCAUGAGGGGCAGCGCGUGGGCCCUGUAUCCACCGUGGGCGUGACGGCUCCCAAAGAAGAGCCCCCUGCCAGCACCCUUUUGAAGCCGCGCCUGGGGGAGCUGACAGUGACAGACGCCACCCCCGACUCCCUGGGCCUCUCCUGGACAGUCCCCGAGGGCCGCUUUGACCACUUCCUGAUCCAGUACAAGAACGGGGACGGGCAGCCCAAGGUGGUGCGGGUGCCAGGGCACGAGGAUGGAGUCACCGUCACAGGCCUGGAGCCAGACCAGAAGUACAAGAUGAACCUGUACGGCUUCCACGGAGGCCAGCGUGUGGGACCCGUCUCCACCGUUGGUUUAACUGCCCCAGAAACAGACCAGGAAAUGACCCCAGCUCCAACAGACCCACCCACCACGACCUCUGAGCCUCCCAUCAAGCCCCGCCUGGGGGAGCUGGCAGUGACAGACGCCACCCCCGACUCCCUGGGCCUCUCCUGGACAGUCCCCGAGGGCCACUUUGACCACUUCCUGAUCCAGUACAAGAACGGGGAUGGGCAGCCCAAGGCGGUGCGGGUGCCAGGGCACGAGGACGGGGUCGCCAUCACAGGCCUGGAGCCAGACCAGAAGUACAAGAUGAACCUGUACGGCUUCUACGGCGGCCAGCGCGUGGGCCCCAUCUCUGUCAUCGGGGUGACGCCUGCAGAGGAAGAGACCCCCAACCCAACGGAACCCCGCACAGAGGCGGAGCCCCCCGAGGAGCCCCUUCUUGGGGAGCUGACGGUGACAGGAUCCUCCCCAGACUCGCUGAGCCUGUCCUGGACCAUCCCCCAGGGCCACUUUGACUUCUUCACUGUCCAGUACAAGGACAGGGACGGGCGGCCCCAGGUAGUGCGUGUCCAGGGUGAGGACAGCAAGGUCACCGUUGGGGACCUGGAGCCGGGGCGCAAGUACAAGAUGAACCUGUAUGGCUUCCACGGCGGCCAGCGCGUGGGCCCCGUCUCUGUCAUUGGAGUGACAGCUACAGAGGAAGAAACCCCCAGCCCCACAGAAGUGGAAGAGACCCCCAGCCCCACGGAACCCAGCACAGAGGCCCCGGAACCCCCCGAGGAGCCCCUUCUUGGGGAGCUGACGGUGACAGGAUCCUCCCCAGACUCGCUGAGCCUGUCCUGGACCGUCCCCCAGGGCCACUUUGACUUCUUCACUGUCCAGUACAAGGACAGGGAUGGGCGGCCCCAGGUGGUGCGUGUUGUGGGUGAGGAGAAUCAGGUCACCAUUGGGGGCCUGGAGCCGGGGCGCAAGUACAAAAUGAACCUGUAUGGACUGCAUGAGGGGCAGCGCGUGGGCCCCAUGUCCACCGUGGGCAUGACCGGUGACCCCACUGAGGUGGAGGAGACCCCCAGCCCCAUGGAACCCAGCACAGAGGCACCGGAGCCCCCCAAGGAACCCCUUUUUGGGGAGCUGACGGUGACAAGAUCCUCCCCAGACUCGCUGAGCCUGUCCUGGACCAUCCCCCAGGGCCACUUCGACUUCUUCACUGUCCAGUACAAGGACAGGGAUGGGCGGCCCCAGGGGGUGCGUGUCAGGGGUGAGGAGAGCGAGGUCACCAUUGGGGGUCUGGAGCCGGGGCGCAAGUACAAGAUGAACCUGUAUGGCUUCCACGGCGGCCAGCGCGUGGGCCCCGUCUCUGUCAUCGGGGUGACGGCUGCAGAGGAAGAGACCCCCAGCCCCACAGAAGUGGAGGAGACCCCCGGCCCCACAGAACCCAGCACAGAGGCUCCAGAGCCCCCCGAGGAGCCCCUCCUGGGGGAGCUGAUGGUGACAGGAUCCUCCCCAGACUCACUGAGCCUGUCCUGGACCAUCCCCCAGGGCCACUUUGACUUCUUCACUGUCCAGUACAAGGACAGGGACGGCCGGCCCCAGGUGGUGCGUGUCAGGGGUGAGGAGAGCGAGGUCACCAUUGGGGGCCUUGAGCCGAGGCGCAAGUACAAGAUGAACCUGUACGGCCUGCAUGAGGGGCAGCGCGUGGGCCCGGUGUCCACCGUGGGCGUGACGGCUCCAGACUAUGAAGCUAUGACCACCGAAGCCCCACCCACCGUGGCCCCCAAGCCUCCCAUCAAGCGGCGCCUGGGGGAGCUGAAAGUGACAGACGCCACCCCCGACUCCCUGGGCCUCUCCUGGACAGUCCCCGAGGGCCGCUUUGACCACUUCCUGAUCCAGUACAAGAACGGGGACGGGCAGCCCAAGGUGGUGCGGGUGCCAGGGCACGAGGAUGGAGUCACCGUCACAGGCCUGGAGCCAGACCAGAAGUACAAGAUGAACCUGUACGGCUUCCACGGAGGCCAGCGNGUGGGCCCCAUCUCUGUCAUCGGGGUGACAGCUGCAGAGGAAGAGACCCCCAGCCCAACGGAACCCAGCACAGAGGCCCCGGAGGCCCCCAAGGAGCCCCUUCUUGGGGAGCUGACGGUGACAGGAUCCUCCCCAGACUCACUGAGCCUGUCCUGGACCAUCCCCCAGGGCCACUUCGACUUCUUCACUGUCCAGUACAAGGACAGGGACGGGCGGCCCCAGGUAGUGCGUGUCAAGGGUGAGGACAGCGAGGUCACCGUUGGGGACCUGGAGCCGGGGCGCAAGUACAAGAUGAACCUGUACGGCCUGCAUCAGGGGCAGCGCGUGGGCCCCGUGUCCACCGUGGGCGUGACGACCUCCCUGCCCACAGAGCCCCCUGUGGCACCGCGCCUGGGGGAGCUAGCUGUGGCAGCCAUGACCUCGGACACGGUGCACCUCUCUUGGACGGUGGCCCAGGGCCCCUUCGAUUCCUUCCUGGUCCAGUACAGGGAUGUGCACGGGCAGCCCCAGGCAGUGCCCGUGGGCGGAGACCUCCGCGAGGUCACUGUCUCGGGUCUGGACCCCGCCCGCAAGUACAAGUUCCUACUCUUCGGACUCCAGGACGAGAAACGGCACGGCCCAGUCUCUGCAGAUGCCAAGACCCUCCCAGACAAGAAACCUUCUCCCCGCCUGGGGGAGCUGACAGUGACGGCCACAACCCCUGACUCCAUGGGCCUCUCGUGGACAGUCCCCGAGGGCGAAUUUGACUCCUUCGUGGUCCAGUACAAGGACAGGGACGGGCAGCCCAAGGUCGUGCCUGUGGACGCAGACCAGCGAGAGGUCACCAUCCCCGGCCUGGAGCCCAGUAGGAAAUACAAGUUCCUGCUCUACGGGCUGGCAGGCAGGAAGCGCCUGGGCCCUGUCUCUGCUGACGGCACCACGGCUCCCCUGGAGAAGGAGCGGCAGCCCCCACCCCGCCUGGGGGAGCUGACAGUGACGGAUGAGACCUCAGACUCCUUGCACCUCUCAUGGACAGUGGCCCUAGGCCCUUUUGACUCCUUCGUGGUUCAGUACAAGGACACAGACGGGAAGCCCCGGGCAGUGCCUGUGGCUGCAGACCAGCGGGAGGUCACCAUAGAGGGCCUAGAGCCUGGCAGGAAAUACAAGUUUCUGCUCUUCGGGCUCCUCGGAGGGCAGCGCCUGGGCCCUGUCUCUGUCCUGGGAGUGACAGCCCCAGAAGAGGACAUGCCAGCCCCUUGGCACCUUGCCACAGAGGCGCCCAAGCCCCCCAAAGGGCCCCACCUAGGGGCACUGGCAGUGACUGAUGGAAACCCAGACUCCCUGCGCCUCUCAUGGAGUGUGACCCAGGGCCCCUUUGACUCCUUCGUGGUCCAGUAUCGGGACACAGCUGGGCAGCCCCAGGCCUUGCUCGUGGGUGGCAACCAGAACAAGGUCCUCGUGUCAGGCCUGGAGCCCAGCACCUCCUACAAGUUCUUCCUCUACGGCCUCCAUGAAGGGAAGCGCCUGGGGCCCGUCUCAGCCGAGGGCACCACAGGGUCAGCUCCUGCCGGUCAGACCCCAGGGGAGCCAGGGCCCCGCCUGUCCCAGCUGUCCGUGACUGACGUGACCACCAGUUCGCUGCGGCUCAACUGGGAGGCCCCACUUGGGGCCUUCGACUCCUUCCUGCUCCGCUACGGGGUCCCAUCGCCAAGCACUCUGGAGCCACAUCCACGUGCCCUGCUGCAGCGGGAGCUGAUGGUACCGGGGACGCGGCGCUCGGCCGUGCUCCGGGACCUGCGUCCGGGGACCCUGUACAGCCUUACGUUGUAUGGGCUGCGAGGGCCCCACAAGGCCGACAGCAUCCAGGGCACCGCCCGUACCCUCAGCCCAGUUCUGGAGAGCCCCCAUGACCUCCAAUUCAGUGAAAUCAGGGAGACCUCAGCCAAGGUCAGCUGGACGCCCCCACCUUCCAGAGUGGACAGCUUCAAAGUUUCCUACCAGCUGGCAGAUGGAGGGGAGCCACAGAGCGUGCAGGUGGACGGCCAAGCCCGGACCCUGAGACUCAAGGGCCUGAUCCCAGGUGCCAACUACGAGGUGACGGUGGUCUCUGUCCGCGGCUUUGAGGAGAGUGAGCCUCUCACAGGCUUCCUCACCACAGUUCCUGACGGCCCCACCCAGCUGCGCGCACUGAACUUGACGGAGGGAUCAGCCUUGCUGCACUGGAAGCCCCCCCAGGCCCCUGUGGACACAUAUGACGUCCGAGUCACAGCCCCAGGGGCCCCGCCUCUACAGGCCUCAGCCCCAGGCAGCUCUGUGGACUACUCCCUGCACGACCUCGUGCUCCACACCAACUACACAGCAACCGUGCGUGGCCUGCGGGGCCCCAACCUCACCUCCUCAGCCAGCAUCACCUUCACCACAGGGUUGGAGGCCCCUCAGGACUUGGAGGCCCAGGAAGUGACCCCCCGCACAGCCUUGCUCACUUGGACGGAACCCCAAGUCCCGCCAACUGGCUACCUGCUCAGUUUCCACACCCCUGGCGGACAGACCCAGGAGAUCCUGCUCCCAGGAGGGGUCACCUCUCACCAGCUCCUGGGCCUCUUUCCUUCCACCCCCUACAGCGCAUGGCUCCGGGCCAUGUGGGGCGAGAGCCUCACGCCGCCCGUGUCCACCUCUUUCACCACUGGUGGACUACGAAUCCCCUUCCCCCGGGACUGUGGGGAGGAGAUGCAGAACGGGCCCAGCACCUCGAGGACCACCACCAUCUUCCUCAAUGGCAACCGCGAGCGGCCCCUGAACGUGUUUUGUGACAUGGAGACAGAUGAGGGCGGCUGGCUGGUGUUCCAGCGCCGCAUGGAUGGAAAAACGGACUUCUGGAGGGACUGGGAGGACUAUGCCCACGGUUUUGGGAACAUCUCUGGGGAGUUCUGGCUGGGCAAUGAAGCCCUGCACAGCCUGACGACAGCUGGCGACUACUCCAUGCGUGUGGACCUGAGGGCUGGGGACGAGGCCGUGUUUGCCCAGUACGACUCCUUCCGAGUAGACUCGGCUGCUGACUACUACCGCCUCCACCUGGAAGGCUAUCAUGGCACUGCAGGGGACUCCAUGAGCUACCACAGCGGCAGCGUCUUUUCCGCCCGUGAUCGAGACCCCAACAACUUGCUCAUCUCCUGUGCCGUCUCGUACCGUGGGGCCUGGUGGUACAGGAACUGCCACUAUGCCAACCUCAACGGGCUCUACGGGAGCACGGUGGACCACCAGGGUGUGAGCUGGUACUACUGGAAGGGCUUCGACUUCUCCGUACCCUUCACGGAAAUGAAACUGAGACCAAGAAGCUACCGGCCCCCCGCCCGGGGAGGCUGAGCCGCUGCUCACCUCUCCCGCGCCCCAGUAUGACUGCCGAGCACUGAGGGGUCGCGCUGAGAGAAGAGCCAGGGGCCACCGUCACCACCCAGCCACCGGAGGAAGCCUUCUCCACCCGCGAUCUCACAGCACCAUGUUUACAGGGGGGAGGGAAGGGGGUUGUAGGGAAGCAAUAAAAGGAGAAACUGAGG